CGGUCGUGGUCCAAGCAAGCCAAGCCAAGCACAUUGACAUCGACACUCACGUUCCAGGAAUUCUAUUUCAUUUCUUCUGUAAAGUUUGUUUAAAUACGACAACGGACAAGUAGAAUAAGAAAGGUUUAACAACUAACUUCUACUUGCCACUUCAGAAGUAUAGUGGUAGCCUAGUAUACUUAAGUCAGAAGCAAGGAUGUCACUAGGCCCCGGUUCCGCGGCUAAGGCCAGUGGAAUGGAAGUGGUUGUGGCAGGUGCAGAUCCUGAUUUUAUCACCUUUCUUUUUGAUCCUGAAGAGCAGUACAACUGCUAUUUCGUAGUGGGAAACCCUGAAGUUGGAGACACGGAGAGGAUUGGUGUCGUGAAAAAGAUGCUUCUGGCCCACUCUGUGGUUUUCAGAGCAGAAUUGCAAAACUCAAAGAUAGCAGAAAAAAAUGAUGUUAAACUGCCUGAUGUCUUCCCCCAAACUUUUAAAAACCUACUAAGGUUUGUUUACGGCUACGAUAACACUCAAAACUUGAGCUUUGAUGAAGCAGACAACUUGCUGUACGUUGCAGACAAAUAUUUGAUGUCCAAGUUAAAAAAUAGACUUGGAAUCCGCCUGAUGUCUUUGUUGAACCUAACCAACAUCUGCAGCCUGAUGAAUAACCCCGCUUGUUACACCGUUCUCGAGCUAAACUCAAUGAUUAAUGAGAUACUCCAGACAGAAACAGACAAAGUUUUGGCUAGUCCUCUGUUUCCUGACUUGUCUCCUCUCGGAUUUCUAACAAUUCUGCAACAGAAGAUGUGCAACGUACCUGAAAUUGACCUCUGGACCUCUGCCAUUGAAUGGGCUAGGCAUAGAGUUUCAGCAGAGUCGAAAAAUGGAGAAGUCUUGAGGGAUGAGUUGAAUGACCAUCUUAAACACAUUCGAAUCUGUACAUUGUCUGACAAAGAUUUGAUGGCUCAAGUGGUACCUUCAGGAGUCCUGACAUAUGAUGAACUCAAGUUGAUCGGUGACACUCGCAGAACUGAGAAAGUACAGCCUGACUUGACAACAAUCUGCAACAAGAUUGAAAAGAGGCGAGAACCGUUGUCAGAAUUGAUGGAACAAAGAUUGAGCCUAGAUAGUGUUUAUGGUUCCAUUUCUAAUUCAAAAAUAAAUAUCAUAACUAAAGGAGUUGCAAUUAAGUUGUGUGCAAUAAAGCUUAAGAGCUCCAGUAGUCAACACCAACACCAAUGCAAUUGCUCAAUAACAAUACAAAAGGGGACAGAACUCCCUACUGAGAUGAGAUACCAAGGACCAAUCUUUGGAGGAGCUUCCAACUGUACCAUUUCGUUUAAUGCCAUGAAGAACGUGCGUUUGUCUCCAAAUUCAACCUAUUCAGUGAGCCUCUCAUUUCAUUGCGGGUAUAAUCAUACUCAUUACUAUGUUACAAGUACAGCCAGUGGGAUACAUUUUGACACUUCAAUUCAAGCCCAUUCUGGAUACCAUAUUGCCUCCAUAGACACAAUACGUUACAAAACAGUAGGACAGAACACUCUGAGGAGGACAUAACUAGAUACUACUGAAGAAAUGUGAUCAGGACUAAUUUGAAGGAACUAUUUGAGUUCCUUUGAGCCUCUUACUUUUUAUGAAAUGACAUUUUUGUUUAAGUGACAUGCUUCUUGCAACAGAACAUAACUCUUUUUAUUUGUUUACCUUGGUAAAUAUUAGCCUAUUUAUCCUGUUAUUAUGUUUUGGUUGUUUCUUGAUAAAAAUAUAUGAGUGAAUUUUAAGACUUAAUUUAGCAAUUAAUAAAUUAUCUCAUAUUAAUUAUCUCUUUCUGUCUGUUGCACACAAAUAUUGGUGAAAUAUUUAUGUACCUCUGUUACUAUAAAUUCUAUUUCAUGGCACUGUAAAAUAUUCUUUUAUAAAAUUGCAUUUUGUGCUCUGUAGUGGAUAAGUAAAUUAGGAACUAUUAAAACACAGCUUACAACUGAUAUAAAUGUUAAAUACAUUUUGUUAAUUCAUCUAGUAAAACUAACUUGUAAAUUAUUGCAAGCACUU